AUGGGCCAGGACGGGCCGUGGCUCAACCUGUCCGGCAGCGCCUGCGAGGCGGGCGGGCCCUUCCCCCCGGGCACGGCCGCGCUGCUGGCCGCGCUCAUGGGGCUGCUGGUGCUGGCCACGGUGCUGGGCAAUGCCCUGGUCAUCCUGGCCUUCGUGGUGGACCGGAGCCUCCGCACGCACGGAAACUUCUUCUUCCUCAACCUGGCCGUGGCCGACCUGCUGGUGGGCGGCUUCUGCAUCCCCCUCUACAUCCCCUACGUGCUGACGGGCGAGUGGAGGCUCGGACGGGGCUUGUGCAAGCUGUGGCUGGUGGUGGACUACCUGGUGUGCACCGCCUCCGUCUUCAACAUCGUCCUGAUCAGCUUCGACAGGUUCAUCUGUGUCACCAGAGCGGUCAGUUACAGGGCUCAGAAAGGGAUGACCAGAAAUGCAGUACUGAAGAUGAUGACUGUAUGGAUUGCUGCUUUUCUCCUCUAUGGUCCAGCCAUUCUCAGCUGGGAGCACAUUGCCCAAAAGAGCAUCCUCCCUGAAGGGGAGUGUCACGCAGAAUUUUUCUACAACUGGUAUUUCCUGAUGAUUGCCUCUACCUUUGAAUUCUUUACACCUUUUGUCACGGUUACGUACUUUAACUUAAGUAUUUACCUCAACAUCAGGAAACGCACAUCCCUCAGAAAUGAAACCCUCUCACCUGGUCAAGAGGACUGCAAAAUGAGCUUCCAGGGGGAAAAAAAGGAACACACUAUAUUUUUUGUGAAGCCAGCUAACAGAGACAAACACAGGAAGGCAGCAAGCAGCCUUUUUCACCCAAGAAAGACUUCAAGGCUUCAAGCCUCAGCUGAGCGUGGCAGUCGCUCAUUAAAUCCAAAAGUCAGUCCUGACCUUCCACCCCUGCAGGUGGAUGUGAAGAUGAAGCCUCUUGGGAAUGGUUUCUACAAGGCGACAGAAAGCAGCUGCAACACCCUCAAAGUGGACUUUGCCAACACCGUGGCAAACAGAUUCAGACUUUCCCGGGACAAAAGAGUAGCAAAGUCUCUGGCAAUCAUUGUCUGUGUGUUUGGGUUGUGCUGGGCUCCGUACACACUCCUGAUGAUCAUCAGAGCAGCCUGCCACGGGCACUGUGUGCACUAUUCCCUCUAUGAGGCCUCGUUCUGGCUCCUGUGGGUGAAUUCAGCCAUUAACCCUGUCCUAUACCCACUGUGUCACAUGAGCUUUAGGAAAGCCUUUAUAAAACUCCUGUGUCCAGGAAAGGCCAAAAUUCACCCUCAUAUUUUUAUGUGA